UGCCGGUGCCGGUGCGGCCAUGGCGGCUCCGCUCGCCCCCUCCGGUUUCCAGUUCGCCAUCGACCGUGGCGGGACCUUCACCGAUGUGUUCGCCCGCUGUCCCGGCGGCCGCGUGCGCGUCCUCAAGCUGCUCUCCGAGGACCCCGCGUACCGGGACGCGCCCACCGAGGGCAUCCGGCGGAUCCUGCAGGAGGAGCUGGGGGUGCCCCUGCCCCGGGACCAGCCCCUGGAAAGUUCUGGCAUCCAGUGGAUCCGCAUGGGCACCACGGUGGCCACCAACGCUCUGCUGCAGCGCCGGGGAGAGCGCUCGGCCCUGGCCGUGACCCGCGGCUUCCGACACCUGCUGCACAUCGGCACCCAGGCCAGGCCGCACCUGUUCGACCUGGUGAGCCGCACCUGUUCGACCUGGUGA